AUGACUAGUCGACUCGACCGGAGGGAGAACAAUAAGCCUCGCGACGACACAUGCGCUACCGCGAACUUUAUUUCGGAAUCCGUCGUGAAACGACUGGGUUUGCCCGUAACGGCACGCUCGUCGUCCGUCGGCGCGAUUAACGCUACGCACACCGAAUCAAAGGGCUUAGUGAGAAUCACGAUACAAUCGACGAUUGACGGCUUUAGCAAAGAGUUAACAUGUCUGACUAUACCGACGAUUACCGAUUUAGUACCGUCGGAAGUCUUUCCACGGAAGUCGAUCACAAUACCCUCGAACGUUCGGCUAGCAGAUCCAGAAUUUCAUCUACCACGAUCGGUUGAGUUAUUAAUCGGUUCCGGAGCCACGCUAUCUUUAUUUUCCGUCGGACAAAUUAAUUUAUCCCACGAAGGUUACGACUUAUAUCUGCAAAAGACACGUUUGGGUUGGGUGGUCGCCGGUAGUACGUCGGUACAAAAUACCACAAGAACGGCGUGUUACUUUACGAAUUUAGAAAGUCAAUUGAACAAGUUUUGGACUAUCGAGGAAAUCGCGACGGACAAACCAAAAUCAAACGAGGAGAUCGCAAUGGAAGCACACUUUCGGAAUACAGUGCGUCGCGACAGUACCGGGCGUUAUGUGGUUCGCUUACCGUUUCGCGAGACAAACCAGCGUCUCGGCGAAUCGCGAAAUAUCGCGCUCAAGCGUCUAACUUCGUUAGAACGCAAACUCAAUGCGAACGCAAUAUUGAGAAAUGAAUAUACGCAGGUCUUGGAGGAAUAUUUAAGAUUAGGUCAUAUGUCCGUAGUAGAAAUCUCUAGCGAUGACGGAUUUUAUAUGCCCCACCACGCCGUAAUUAAAGAAUCAAGCAAUACUACGAAGGUUCGAGUUGUAUUCGACGCGUCCGCGAAGACAAGCAGCGGCGUGGCUCUGAACGAUAUACUGAUGGUGGGACCCACGAUUCAAGAUAAACUUUUUUCACACGUAAUUCGGUUCCGGACGUACAAGGUCGUUAUCACCGCGGACAUAGAAAAGAUGUACCGUCAGGUAUCGUUGCAUGAAAGCGAUCGACGGUAUCAAAGGAUUCUCUGGCGUAGGGACGGCGAGAUAAUGACGUUUCAAUUAAACACGCUUACGUUCGGCGUGGCGUCCUCUCCGUUUCUAGCAAUUCGCACCAUACAAAAACUCGCGGACGACGAAUGCAAUGCAUGUCCACGAGCGGCGGAAAUUCUCAAGGCGCAUCUUUAUGUAGACGAUUUAUUAACCGGCGCCGGUAGUAUUGAAGAGGCUCGCGCGAUCCGAGAUGAAAUCGUCGAAUUGCUAGCGCGGGGAGGAUUCACGAUCAGACAAUGGGCUUCUAAUGAAAAGGAUGUUAUCAAGGAUCUAGCAGACAGCGAAAUACAUGCGAAUUUUACGGUAGAGAUAGACCGCUCUUUGAAAACGUUAGGGUUGUUAGCGCCGGUCGUCAUGUGCGCGAAGAAAUUAAUGCAAGACGUGUGGCGGUGCGGGGUACAUUGGGAUGAAUCCGUUCCGCAGAGCUUGUAUACCGAAUGGUCGGAGUUUGCUCGACAAUUACAUUUAAUGAACCAGGUUUCCUUUGAUCGCAGAUUACUAAUAGAUGAUUAUAAGGGCAUUCAAAUUCACGGAUUCUGCGACGCGAGCAAAAUCGGCUACGGUGCAUGUCUAUACAUACGUUCGUACGGGAUGCAGGAAAAUGUCGUCAACAGACUGGUAUGCGCUAAAUCACGGGUCGCACCGUUGAAAACGAUCACCAUACCACGGCUUGAACUUUGCGGCGCACUAUUAUUAGCCCGCUUAUACCGCGAAACGAGCGACGCGCUGGGAAUUACACCGGACAAGGUGAUUUUCUGGUGUGAUUCAACCAUUGUAUUGCACUGGUUGAAAACGUCACCUCAGCGACUCAAAACCUUCGUAGCAAACCGAGUCGCGGAGGUCCAGGAAGUCACCGGCGCGAACGAAUGGCGACACGUUAAGUCAGAAGACAACCCGGCCGACGCGAUCUCAAGAGGCCAAUUGCCUCAUGCGUUUUUACGGAAUCAAACGUGGCUUACGGGCCCUCCGUGGUUAAUCAAAGACGAGGGCGAAUGGCCCAACGAAAACAUACAAAUAAGCGAAAUACCCGAA